CAUGCCGUUAUACAAUGCGCAUGCGCAAAAAAAGUUAAGUGGAGUAGCUCUGCGUCGGUAACCUUUUGCUGGAAGAGGACCGAUUUAAGGAUUUAAAUCGGAAGUUGACAACGAUAACCGCCUUGGGGAAUCGUAGUAAAUAAGAGCCGCGAAAAAGACCGUUGCUAGCCAUCAUCUGUAGACAGCAAGAAAAAUAACUUUGUUGGGGGAAAAAACACCACUCGUGCUCGAAGUUUGUUUUCCUGACGCGGAAGCUAACUGGCUAACGUGACUAGCUCGGGUUGAGAAAAGUGGACGAUUUGUCAACAUCAAAACGUCGGACACCAAUGAACAAAGAUACUCUUGAUGUGAUGACCUAAUUUUCUAACCCAGCGUUUUGACAGAAUAUUGAGUUGCUAGGUGCAAUAUCAAAGUCUUUGAACAGUACUAUUGUGGGCCACGAGUUGUGACGCUAUUUAAUUGCGUUUUAACACAACUGAUUCGGGUUACACGCAGUGAUCUGACCACUUGGCCUGCAACAUUUAGACCCGCAGCCCAUCAUCCCUGCUGGGUCAGAGUUUGUAAUGGGGAUCCUGCUGAGUUAGUAGGACGCUUGGUAGCAUAGUGCGUCCUCACUAACCAUGGGAGGAUGUGUGGGAAGAUACUGGCAACGAUGGGAUGACACUCAAAGCAGAGGAUCUUCUAGGAACGGUGGACGGGGAGCUCGUAAUCAGCCGCUAAAGAAAGAUCGACCCAAAUGGAAAAGUGACUAUCCAAUGACUGAGGGCCAGCUGCGCAGCAAGCGUGAUGAGUUUUGGGACACAGCGCCUGCUUUUGAGGGACGCAAGGAGAUCUGGGAUGCCCUGAAAGCUGCUGCAGUGGCUCUGGAGUGUAACGACCAUGAGCUGGCCCAGGCCAUUGUAGAUGGGGCCAGUAUCACGCUGCCACACGGUACUUUGACUGAGUGUUACGACGAACUCGGGAAUCGCUAUCAGCUGCCAGUCUACUGUCUGGCGCCGCCGAUCAACCUCAUUUCAGAGUGCAGCGACGACGAUCCCAGUGACAGCCCCCAACUUCCCGCCGCGCCCAAAAAGGAAUUUCAGCUGAAGGUGCGGCUAUCCACAGGUGAAGACCUGCGCUUGAGCGCCAGCAUGACGGACACAAUUGGUCAGCUGAAGAAGCAGCUACACAUCCAGGAGGACAUCGAGCCCACCCACCAGCGCUGGUUCUUCUCUGGCAAACUCCUUACGGACAAGACGCGUCUUCAAGACACCAAAAUCCAGAAGGACUUUGUCAUUCAGGUCAUCCUUAACCCUCAGGCACUCCCCAGAAUGUCCCCUACCCCGUCCCCAGCCACCACUACCACCACCACACCAGAAUCUGAAUAGCUGAGGUCAGACUUGAAGGACCUAAAGCAGUGCGGAACAAUUUAUUCUUCAAAAUGAACGUAGCCACAAUUACACAUUCAAACACCCAGCCUUUGCCCCUUCUAUCCAAACCAGCGCUUGCCAGGUGCCAACGGGGAGAAAGUGAAGAGGUGUUCCUGUAAGCAUCAAUCGACUUUUUAACGACACCACAAUCCUACUUCUUUCCGAGGGGAAGGCAGAAAGCACGAUAACAAUCUCUUGAACUGUUUCUUAUAUUGUGGAAAUUGUGUUAAUAGAGCUUUUUUUGCACAUUUUAAAGAAUAUUCUUGUAGGAUUGUUGUGCCUUCUACAAGAAAAAACAAAAAGGGUUGAUGUCCACAUAGAUAGUUGAAUUGCUCCACUAGCCAUUUUAAAAACUGAGAUCAAUCUAGGCUAUGCUGUCCGUUUCAACAAGUGUGCGUGCGCGUGUGUGUGUACAGGAAUAUAUUACCCUUACAUUAUUGAAUAUCUUAUUCAGGAACUGCAAUAGCUUAUUCAGGAAAUGUGGAAUUCCUAUCCAAAUAGGAUGCAAUGUCUGCUACUGAUGCUACCAAGGGCCUUUGUUUCCCCCCUAUUUCUUCCCACGCGAAGAAGAUUAGUCCAAUAAAUAUUUGUGAUCUAGUAGAAAUCACCCCAAUUUCUUGCUCAGAACACAGUUGUUUAUGACUGGGAAUCUGGACUGAAAAGCUCGAGACGGGUAUCAAAUGAAUUCUUCCAUUUAUUCCAUGCGUUUGUUUUUGUUACACUUUCAAUGAGAUUAGAAAAUGUUUCUUAAUAUUCUUAAUUCCUAUUUCCUAAUCAGUCUUAAUACCCCAAGAUAUAAUCAAAAUUAUCAUAUUGAACUCAUUGGUACACUCCUAAUAUUCAUAUUUAGUGGGUAGGUUUUAAAUACGGCCUUAAGUCUUAAGAUUCUAUCCAUUUUCUCUAUCGUGUUCCUCACUUGGUUGAGCUGGAGCUGAAGCCCAGCUGACGUGACCUUGACUGUUUGCUAGCCAGUCUCAGUAAACUGGGAAUCCUUGCCUUAAGGGCUCGCAUAGCAGAUGUCUGUGUGGAUGAAGCUCAUCUUUCCUACAGGAGCAUUGCACAUAACUAUCGUAUUUUCUGCACUAUAAGGCACACCUAAAAGCCUUCAAUUUACUCAAAAGCCGGCAGCACUGGCGUGCACACAUAGAUGCCAGGUGGUGCUCAAGCACUGGCCCUUCUUAACUGAGCAAAUGCCCUUAUUAAGGUUAUUAAGUCAUGAUCAUUAUUAUGUAAUCAGGGGUGGGAACCUUUUUGGUACCUCACAAUACGAUACGACAUGGCGAUACAACGAUUAUCGAUACAAUGGGCAGGAAAUCAUUGUCGGCUAUUCUACAAAACAUAGCCGUCAGUAGCACCCAAUGCCAUGCAACAAAGUAAUUUGGGGCCAUUUCAGGUCAUUACCUGCUGAUUUGAGGGCAUUUUAUGGGUCACUUCCUGAAUAUUUUUGCUUACAGAACAGGAAGUGACCUGGGAAUGAACAGGAUGGUGGUGUAAGAUUUUGGCAUAGACUUCAUAAUGCAUUGACGGGACGCGGGGCCGAUAAAUAGGGGGCCUGCAUUGUUGGCGAGGCUGUCAAAGCUGACACAGUGGAAUCGCAGACAAAGAGCUUUUUUUGUUGAAAAUUCUUGUGAAAAAAUCUUUAAAUCCCUGAAUUCUUUAUAGAUAUGGAUGUAAAACAGUCUCGAUUCUUGGUUAAAAAGAAAAAAAAACAUGCAGUUAGCAUUUAUUUUACGUAAAUAUGUCGAAGUACAAUGCCGGUCUGUUAGUAAAUGUAGCUAGCAGCAGCCUUAUGUAAACAGUUUUUCUGGUGAAAAUGCUUAAAAUCCCUGAAUUCUUUAUAGAUAUGGACGUAAAACAGUCUUGAUUUUUGGUUAAAAGCAAAAAAAACAUUUAUUUACGUAAAUAUUUCGAAGUCCAAUGCUAGUUUGUUAGUAAAUGUAGCUAGCGGCCACCUUAUCUAAACAGAGCUUUUCCGGUGAAAAUUCUUGUGAAUAAAUGCUUAAAUCCCCGAUUUCUUUAUAGAUAGGGACGUAAAACAGUCUCGAUUCUAGGUUAAGAGCAAAAAAAAAAAACGUGCAGUUAGCAUUUAUUUAACGGAAAUAUGUGGAAGUACAAUGCUAGUCUGUUCGUAAAUGUAGCUAGCGGCCGCCUUAUGUAAACAGAACUUGUCCAGUGAAAACCCACACCCCUAAUGUUAGUAAUGCGUGUGCCCCCCAAGCGCCGCAGCCAUAAUCACUGUAACAGCAUCCUAUGUCUCCAAACGUGGAAACAUGCCGUAGCACAGUCCAAUAGCUUCCAUCCACGCCCUCUCUUCGCCCCCGCCUGCAGUCCCUACGCAGCGGUAACAAAUCAUAUGUGCCCUCCUAAACCUUAGUUGCUGAACUAUUUGUCUGGUGAAGUAGCAUUUGUCUCUGUGCAACUCUCAUAAUUAGUCAAAUGCCCAGUCCCACCUGUUAAACAAGCUAGGUUAGCCGUUCGCCAUAAAUCAAUUGAUAGAUGUAACGUGGCGAACAGCACACAACCAGCGUCAGUUGGAAAUAUAUAUAAAAUUAUAUCUGUAAUGCCAUUGGAUGAGAGAGUCAGGAAUGGCUUCACUCACUUUAAUGUCGCAUUUAAUGUGAAUCUAUGUAAACCAUCAUAAAGCGGGCUGUUGCGGAGUGCGACUUCUACCACCAACUCCCAGACCGUUUUCUCUCUCACUCCACAUGCUCGCUUCCACCUACAUCACGGCCCUCACGUCCAGAGUCUCUUAAAGAGGCUGCACGUAGUUACGGACAUUACUCAAUAUUGAGCUACAAUAAUGUAAUGUGUUUGCGUGUACAGUACUAGUACUGCUACUUCAGGAGAAUGUUGCUGCUUAACAAAAACUAAUAAGAGUCAAAAUAAACGCACAGAAAAUAUAUAUACAGUAAUUGAAACUCACCUGGAGGAAGUAAAACUGAGUGUGUAGUGGAAAGUGAAUAAGCUAAAAGAAAACUAGGCUCCCUCGUUUGAGUAUGGGCACACAGAUACACUGUUUAAAAACAAUGCAGGUUUAAGCAGGCUAUAAGCAUCAUUUAUUUGCUAAAUGCCAAACAUAAAAUUAGCUGUGUAGUGUGUGUGCUCUGGUGUAAUGUCACCAAGCAAACUUAUUCAUAAUGUUUACAUAUAUAUGUGAUAAAAUUAGUAGGACACCCCAUUAAGUAAUUAGUUCUUUUUUUUGAUAAAUGUUCAAAUAUCAAUGUCUGAUCUUGUUUUUCUUUAUCUUUGGAAAAUAAACUGAUUUAGUAGCAGGUAAACAACAUGACAUCAUUAAACCAAAUAUAUCAACAAAAAUUCAUAUUCUAACUGAGAAAAAAGUUAGGACACCCUACUACCUAAUAGUGUUACCCACUUUGGCUGAAAUAACUUCAGUGAGACGCUUUUUGUAGCUUUUUGUUGUCUUUGACAUCGAUCUGAAGAAAGUUUGCACCACUCCUCAACGAAGAAUACUUUCAGCUGUGAGAUUUUUAAGGGGUUUCUUUCAUUUACAGCCCGUUUCAAGUCAUACCACAGCUUUUCAAUAGGAUCAGGAUCUGGGCUGUGACGCGGCCAUUCAUGGACUCUCUUCCUUUCCAGUCAGUCGUUGGUGGAUUUACUGGUAUGUUUUGGGUCUUUGUCAUGUUGCAGGGUCCAGUUUGAUGAUCUCACACGUUCCUCAAGCACCCACUGAUACACGACAGAAUUCAUGGUGGAUUCUAUGAUGGUGAGCAGGCCAGGUCCUCCUGUAGCAAAGCAUCCCAAAACCAUGACACUUCCACCUCCAUGCCUCACAGUUGGUAUGAGGUUCUUUUCCUAGUAUCGGGUUCACUCCAAACAUGUCCUCUGUUCUGGUGUACAAAUAAUUCAAUUUUAAAUUCAUUUGUCCAAAGAACUAUUCCAGAUGUCCUGGUCUUUGUCUACAUUCACUCUGGCAAACUGGCCUUCAUUUUAUUCUUGGAGAGCAAAGGUUUCCUUCUUGCACACCUCCCACGAAGGUUAAACUUGUGAAGUCUCUUUCUGAUUGUAGAGCAAUGUACUUUCACAUCAACAGUAGCAAGAGCCUGCUGUAGGUCCCAUGAUGAUAUUUUAGGGUUUUUGGAGACCUUUUUUUAGCAUCUUGCGGUCUGCUCUCGGGGUGAACUUGCUUAGACGGCCAGACCUGGGCACGUUGGCAGUUGUUUUGAAUGUCCUCCACUUGUAGACUAUUUUGCGGACAGUGGAUGGCAAAGUUUAUAUUCUUUUGAGAUCUUUUGAAAUCCCUUACCAGACUCAUAAGCGUCUACAAUCUUCUUUCUGAAGGCCUCCGACAGCUCCUUUGAUCUCAUCAUGCUGUUUUCUCUCACUUCAACUGUCAGUCACUGCUGAAAGUAUUCUUUGUAGAGGAACGGUGCAAACUUUCUUCAGACCGAUGUCAAAGACUGGUAGAUGGCUACAUAAAACGUCUCACUGAAGUCAUUUCAGCCAAAGUGGUAACACUAGCUAUUCGGUGGUAGGGUGUUCUAACUUUUUCCUCAGUUAGAAUAUGCAUUUUUGGUGAUAAAUUUGGUUUAGUGAGUAAAACAAUGUUAAUUUUUGUUGUUUAACUGCAAUUAAAUCACUUUCUUUUCCAGAGAUAAAGAAAAACAAGAUCAGACAUUGAUUUGUGAACAUUUCUUAAUAAAGAACUGAAUAUUUAAUGGGGUUUCCUAUAUAUUCAUAUGGCGGAAAACACUAAGGUGAAGUUCCGCUCUCAGACCCCCAAUUUGGCCAAACUCAGAAUUGUCCUAUAUGCAUGUGUAAUACAUCAUUGGAAAGCUUAAAAUCUAAAUUUUCUGGGGGGGAAGAAAAAUUUGAACAGGAUGGCAUUUAAAAAAUAAACUGCAAAACCCUAACUGGAGGUGAGAGCAUGAGAGAGCAUAAUUAGAGAUAUUAUCGAGAUAUUAUCGCGUACUUACUCUUUUCGAUCCAAAAAACUCCAUGUAGCAUGUAACACCUAGUGUGAAGACAAAGCUGUGAAUGGCCACAGUCGGAUUUUGGGGGGAUUUUAUGGGUGAAACAUGGUCAUAUAACAUGGGUCGCGAUGCAAAAAUCGCAGACAUCGCGGCGUGGUCGAGAUUUUCAUGUAUUUAUCUUUUUAAACAUUUUUUUUCCUUUAAAUUUUUCUUUGUUUGGAUUGAUUAUCUAAAAUAUGGGGGAAAAUGCAAUGGUAACAAAAAAAAAAAAAAAUACAAUUAAGCGAUAGUUAUGAAGUAGAUAUCCGUGACUUAUUUACAGCCACCAUUUUUUUCAUUAUGACGUAAUUUGUUUAAAAGUUUAAAAUAUGCGAGUCAAUAAUGUUUUUAGUCGUUUUUAUUUUUUAAACGAAAUAUUAGACAUCAAUUAAUCAUGCUAAGCUAAAAAUGACAGACAUUUUGAAUAAUAAAUAUAAUUACUUACCUUUUUAUGGCUGGGUUGAAACAAAAGCGGUUGCACGACGUCUGUAAAAGGGGGUUUCCAGGGUAAAACGGACAAAUUAAAAAUAGUUCAAGGGCUUAAUGCGCCAUGAAUCUGCUAUGGCAGCAUAUAGACAUAUUGGUCUAUUGAACACAACAGUUCUUUUGGUUUAAAAUACAGCAGUUAAUUUUAAAGAGGGGAGCAAGAGCAGAAACUGCUUUUUCAGUCUUGUCUGUGUUUUCCGCCAUAUACUAUAUAUACCACUUGCAGCAGCAGUCAUGUCUCGAAAGCGUAAGAAAAUGAGUUAAAUUCAACUAAUCUAUAAGUGUAGACAAAAUGAACUCAAUACAACAAAGAAAAUUAGUGUUUUGUUGACCCCUUGGUAGUUUGGAAUAGGUUGCAAUAUAUUUAAAUAUAUAAAUAAUUAUGUAAUUACGUAACACAUUUGCAAUGUUUUUUCUUUCUUUUAUUAAUUCACAUUUUUCUAACAAGGCAGCCAGGCUGGCAAUUACAUAUGCUGUGAACGGUACCCCCCCACACCCGAUGCGCUUUAUAUAUGAAUCAAUAUUGGUUAAUCAUGGCAUGAAAUUCCCUUUAGCGCAACUUCAUUUAGUGGAUGUAUAAUGCAACCACAACCACUACUAGUACUACUGCGCCUUAUAACGCGACGUGCCCAAUAUAUGAAAAUCAUUUUAAAAAAGGCCGUUCAUUCAGGGUGCGCCUUAUAUUCCGAUGCGCCUUAUAGUGUGGAAAAUACGUGCUCCAAUUUGCUUCAAGACACACUCAAUCCACAAUCAAAUCUGCACAAUUCCUUAUUAUACCCGUCCCUAGAACCAAAGGUCCGCCUUUGACGUCAAUGGGACUCGUAAUAAGUCCUCAUCGGGUUGAGGUCUUCAAAUAUCUUGCAAGAGGAGCAACACAAGGAAAGGUGAAUGCUUUGUUUGCACAAUACUUCAUAUUUGCUGGCAGUAGUGUAUAUGCUGUUUUGUGUACUUUACAAUUGCACAUAUAUUUUUUUUCUCCCCUAAAAGGCAAAUUGUCCUGUUUUUUGCCAGCUGGAGCGGGGGAAAAAACAACCUUAAAAUGCAAAACGAACAGGUUUAUUGCUAUUAAAUAGCUAUCAGAUGAAUGUUCCAAGCUGGAAAAAAAUCUUAGCAAAAGUGCAACUACACUUGAACUUAAAUCACAGUUUGUGCAAUGCGAUGACUUAUUUCAUGUCUCGUGACGAUCCCUUUACAGUGCGCUGCUGGUCACUCAUAUUUGAAAGAUAUUGUGUCGAUAUUGCCUAAAACAGGCGACAUCAUUGUUUUGCAAUGCCUUGUUUUUUAAUUCCCGCUCACAUCUGCUAUGUUUUAAAUUAGGUCAGUCAUGGAAAUACAUUUUAACCACACCUCAGCGUUGAGUUCCUUUCCUAUUCCGAUUGCAGCUUGUUAUCCAUUACUUCCUGCUAUGGAUAAGUUUCUUAGUCAUCUUGUGCAAAUGUGAAUGCAUUUACUCUGUACGUGCAAUACACUAUAGACAUAGUCCUCUAUAACCGUGGAUCUGAUAAAGCACCAGCCGUGUGUGGGCGAUAUUAGAACAGGAAUAGGCACAACCUUUCUAUGUAUGAAUCAGCAGUCGCCUGUGUCAACAGUUUGUUCACCUUUGACACUUUGUAUUCCAGGCUGUUGCUCUGAACUCUCACCUGGGAGCUCAUCUUUUUGGAAAUAAAUAAA